AUGUCUAUUGGAGUGCUCUUUCCGAAUUACAACAUCGUGCCCUGCCGCUGGGUGCUCACGGCAUUCCUGUUCAGUGGCCUGCUGCUCGCCUACGCACUGCGCUUCUCCCUGAGCGUCGCGCUAGUCGCCAUGGUCAACCAGACGGCGAACGCGCACGACGUGGGCCCGGUGUUCGCCGUCCAGCCCACCCCCACCGACAUCGCUGUCCCAGUGGGGGAACCUGUCGGAGCACUCACUAACGACACCACCACCACCCCUGGCGUCACCAUCAUCGUCACCACAGCAGCGCCACAGUACGGUCGAGUCGCCGGCUACGGCCAGUGUCCCUCACCCAUCAAGCGCCAGGAUGUCCACAAGCUGGCCGGUGAAGGCGAGUUCCCGUGGAGUCCGUGGACGCAGGGCGUUGUGCUGGGCGCCUUCUUCUACGGCUACGCGGCCACGCAGAUGCCAGGCGGAUGGCUGGCCGGACACGUCGGCGGAAAGUGGCCCUUCGGACUCGGACUGCUGGGCACAGCCCUGGGUUCCCUGGUGACGCCCGCCGCCGCACGUGUCGCCCACUCGUCCUCCUCUCCGGACGCCGGAGCGGCAGCGCUGGUCGCGGUGCGGGUGCUCGAGGGACUCGGCGAGGGCGUCACGUACCCGGCCAUGUUCAGCAUGGUGGCCGAGUGGGCACCUCCUCACGAGCGUGGAUCUCUGCUCGCCGUGGCAUACGUGGGUGCCAACGUGGGUGCCAUCCUGGCCAUGCCCAUGACGGCUAUGCUGUGCGACACCAUCGGGUGGGAGGCCGCAUUUUACGUUUUCGGCCUAGUGGGAUGCGCCUAUUUCGUGCUGUACUCGUGGCGAGUCCGCAGCACGCCGGAGGAGGACCCGUGGAUCAGCGAUUCAGAGUAUGACUACAUCGCCAUUGGACGCACCGCCAGGCCUCUGCCGCCACUACAGGCCAAGACUAUGGAAGCUGGCAGCGCGGACCUCCUUAACGCCAAGGACGGAACAAAAUGCGACACACCGUGGUUCCAACUGCUGACCUCCGUGCCUCUGUGGGCGCUUACGGCAUCCCGGUUCGCCUGCCUCUGGGGACAGUUCACCGUGCUCACGGGCCUACCCACCUACCUGUCUGCCGUGCUACACAUGCCACUGGCCAAGAGCGGCCUGAUCAACGCGGCCAUGUUCGGGGCCCAAAGUGUGGGCAUGCUAGCAGGCGGGCUGCUAAGCGACCGCCUGCGGAGAAAAGGCCACCUCUCCACCACGCUUAUUAGGAAACUCUUCCAGACUGCUGCCUUGACUGGUUCGGGUCUUCUACUGGCGCUGGUGCCGUGGGCCGGGUGCAACCACACACCGGUCGCCUGCCUCCUGGUGCUUGCCAUGGGAGUCUACGGUUUGGCCGCUGGUGGAGCCACGCCCGCACUCGUAGACAUGGCGCCCGCACACGCCGGUAUCUUGUACGGCAUCGCGGGCACCGUAUCCAACGCAUCCGGGUUCCUGGCUCCCAUGGUCGUUGGCAUGGUCACUUCACCGAUGCCAACUCUCGAAAACUGGGGCAUGGUGUUCUACCUGACGUGCGGCAUCUUCCUGCUGGGUGCGUUGGCCUUUCUGGUCUUCGGCUCGGCAGAACUCCAACCCUGGGCGCAGCCUUCGCCACCUCUGGAGGCCGUCGCGACGCACGCCGAGCACCAGCACGCCGACGGCGCACACCGCUUCGACCUCACCACCAGCUUCGCCGAGAGCUUCCACAUGUUCUGAGAAAAAUGUCAUUGGCGCUGACGCGUACUUGCUAGUUGCAUCAGACGAAGCACCUCACUAUAGACGACGGCGUUGCCCUCUGUUCACAACAGAAAGCUAUUCCGUUGUGACUUCUGACCACCUAAGAAGUGGAUAGGCACAGGCACCAAGAGAACUACGUCACAACAUUUCCAACAUCUCUUCACUUUCUCAGUGUCGGCAGAGUCACGCGGUUUCAUUGUCGUCGAAGGUACACCACCCGUGCAGACCAGCUUCUUUUUGGUUUUUUUUUUUUAAGUGGCCCUUCAGCCGGAAUAUUGUGAGAACGGUGAAGUGACGGCAACGUUACAGACACAAUUUUCUUUUAACUAUUUUCGAUAUUUUUAGUUCUGCGUAAUAUUAGCCAUCGUGUGAUCGUUGAUUAAGCAUGUGAUGAAAACGUUUUGCUGCUGCUAUCAACUGUUACGUGAAGAAGAUGAUAAACCAACUACUGUUAAUACCUUUUACGGACGCAUUCUGUUUAGGCGCCCUGGACCGUUACCGUAAGCCACCACAAUCGCCUGACAUCUGGAUCCCUGAGGUAAUGGUGCGAAUUCUACGACUCGCACGCAGGUAUAAUGGAGAAAUUCUAAUGGCCAAUUCAAUCUACCGCGUGCUGUGUGCCGUGCUCUGUACCCGACGGACUCAAAGAGGGCUCGAAAUCCGCGUUGCAUUAGGAGCGGUCAUACGAGAGGGCAUGAAACAUGUCCUGGAGGAGGUACUGUCGUGUUAUUCUUGGUGCCUUGCAGAUGUCUUCCAGGCUGGUGCCGACGCGAAAAGCAUCGGUCAAUGAGCGUCUGCAGCAAAACGAUAAACCAUGGACGACAAGCACCGGGAUAGUUUCGCGCGCGCCUGGGACGAAGCGCACGCAGAAAUUUUUCUUUGACGUCCAUCACAUGCUCGAUGGUGACCGUAUCGCUGCAUUGAUUUCAACUGCUCAUUUCUUCCACCGACUUGUCAUUUAGUCUUACUUUAACAACACUAUGAGAACCCCUCGCGCACAAAUUCGACGUUUGUGCACCAAGAUCUCUCCUCCACCACAGUUGCGUUGGAAUGCCGAGAAGGACUGGAGCUUUCCUCCGCAUUUUAGCACGACAACGGAGAUCAGCCCGCAGUUGUCAAAUCUGCUCGUCACCUCGCCCCCCCCCCCCCCCAAUGGGUUUGUCACCUCUCGAAUGUCGGAACAAAUCGCCUCAUCCAAUCACUCAUUAUCAUCAUACCGAGCAUACCACACUCGCCUUGGUGGUUAACUGACAGCGAUGUUCUGACUUUAUUUAUGCUGACAUUGGAAUCUCGUCACUGAGCUUGUUCCUUGUGUUUGUGGUGUCGGAGCCCGCUGUGCGGGUCGUCGCACUCGAGCAGGGAGGGUGAAUGACACUAAAGUGUCGCAUUAAAACAAGUCUGGCUAUUUUGCAACAAGUAUUUUUGAUCUGUCUUGCCCACUAAGAGCGAAUAACUUAGCUGAAGCUUUUUGUGCCGAGGUUUAUUCCUUCACUGACACUUUCGCACGCGUUCAUCCCAUCUCAUACUCUGAAGUGUCACUUGUUGGCAUCUGUAUUGUGCAAGCCUUUGCGUAUUUUUCCUGUACGUAGCUGUUAUUCCAACUGACCUUACUUCUCCACGCUGCAGGAGCUUACGUAUUCUAUAUUUCUUGCUCGUUUGUUUGUGGCGCAUUUUAGCCGAACACCACCACUUUUCGUAUGCGCAAUAAAAGUUUCAAA